CAGGAGGGUAGGCCCCAUCACUCGGGGCCUUACCGCAGUCUAAGCGAACGCGGUUACUCCUCUUCUUCGUACUCGUCGUCUCAAUACGGCUCGUAUUCGGGCUACAGCAACGUCCUGGCAGGCGGCGAUCAGUACCAGCCGUAUCAGCAGCAGUCAGGUGGCAAUUACUAUCAGCAAUUACAGGGCGGUUACUAUUCACCGCAGAGUUCUGGACACCCUUUCCCAGGUGUGCAGAGAUACGGUAGUCUGGCUGAAGAGGCAUGGUCGUCGUGCUCCACCAAAGGAGACGUUCCGGUGGGAGUCUCGAAGACUAAUCAUAGGACUUACUUAGCUUAGCUUUCUGUCGCAACAUUGAAGACUUUUUAAGCUGAUGUUCGUUCAAGAUUAACACCAUGUGCACAACGGUGCCAAUGUUGUAUUCUCAGAAUUAAAAAGUGUAUCUCUUUUUUAGAUUGACUUUAUAUUUUAUCUUCUUCGUUACAUGCGAACGAUAAUUCAGUGAAUAUAUUUAUGGCAAAAAAAAAUCGCAAGAAUAUCAUGUGACGCGCUUAUCGGAGCCAGAUAUUAAUCAGUGUGAUUUUUCAUAUUUCAAAUGUGGCUCGCUAUAUCAGACACUGUACCUACAUGAUUUAAAGAGAUUAUUAUCAACAAUUAAGAAUAUAUCGCUAAAUCUAAGAUCCCAAGCUUCUGAUACUUCAUGUUUUGACAUAAGAAUGUUAUUGAAGUGACCUGAUCGAAUUUAUAAUUAAUUUGAUAAGAGGAUUAAUGCGAUCCCGAUAAUCCUUGGAUAAUCAUUAUCAUUACAGUAAACAUGAUUACACUUGUUACAUAAUAACAAUAAUAGACAAUACGUUAGCUGGACAAUGGAUUAUGAAAAUACGAACAGUUUCGUGCACGUUACGAUACAAUUAUAUCUAAAGUUUUAAUGAGUGAGUAAAUGUUGAUGUCAGUUAUUUCAGUUAUUCUUAAUUACAAGGUAAUUAUACGUCGUACAAAUACAGGCAGCAUAUCGUGAUGUUAAGAGGCAUAUAAAAGAGUCUGACCAAGUUUUAUGAACACAUCGACCGAUAUACAUAUAGCCAAUAGAAAUAAAUAAAGUAUAAAAGAGUAUAAUUAUAUAUAUAAUCACAGAUAAGAUUAUAAGCGAACUAAUAAUGAAAACUUUUAGUUCAAUCGAUGUGUAUACUACGGUGACAAUAUCUCAUACAAACGGUAUAAUUUUUUAUUAUUAUCAUUGCGAACGGCAUCCCUCUAUCGAGAUAUAAUUAUAAUUUAAAUCGUAAAAUCAUUCCUGUAUGUAAGCUAACACGGAAGAAUUGUAUCGUGAAUAUCGUUAAAGAAUAUUUUAGCUUGUGAAUCCUUGUGAACGAAUGAAUGAAGCUUUAACGACAUCAGCUUGCUAAAAGAUAAUCGCAACGACGUGGUUAAUUUUGGUAACCCUCGUGUACGUAUGCAUAUAAUACGUAUGUUUAUUGUACUUUUACGUUAUUUUCUAUCGAUGUGUACGUAUGUGUGUGAGUUUCCUACAACCACUCAACGGUGGAAACAUUAUCAGAUAAGCUUGAGGCAACACGUUCACUCCAGCUAAGUGUAUUAGAUACCGUGAAGCUAUAAUGAAUAUUGAACAGAAUCGCCUCACGAAGACGCCUAGUCUUCCAUUAUAUAUUCCAUCAUAUUCCGCAGCACGGUGAAAUUGAAUACAUUCUGUUCUUCGUUAUUCUCAAACCAAAAGGAAGAAAUCGGGAAAUUCAAUUGUUGCUGCGAGACCCUUCUCCAUCGCAUUGACACACGCGAGAGAAUUCUCCAAGUACCUAUCUUCAAGCUGCAGUCUAUGUAUAAAAAGUUUAAAAAGAACUGCUCCCAAGACGAUUACGAUUAUAAUUUUUUUAUUGCGUAUGGUAUCUAUGGUAUAAUUAAUUAAUUAUGCGACCAUCGCGACGCGCACUUUUACAGAAAAGAAACAUAAACAAGGCGAGCCACAUGAUUUAAUCUAAGUGCCAGAAAGAUUGAAUAUGCAUCGUAAUUUGGCACACUGCCGAAAUGUACGUUCGGCCCUGUAUCAUUAUAUUAAUACGUACAAUCUCCCCAGUGUUCGUAUAUUACAUUCGCGCGGUCGCAAGGAAGAAGAAAGACGAUAUUUUGCAGAUAAUGCACAUAUUUAACGUGAUAUUUAUUCAUAGAUUGUAAUUAUUUCUUGAUAUUUAUGCGUGUUCGACAACCGCGUGUUCGAUCGUCGAACUAUUUAAUUCUACGUCAAUCGGAAAACGAUCAGGACCACGAUAUAAUAUUAUUUUAUUGCCGGACUAGUAUUACCGUCGUUUUGCGAGGUGAAAACGGCGAAUUAAUACGUUAAUUAUCGUGACAUUCAUGUACCUAAGUAAUUUAUUUAUAUAAAUUCAAUUAGGUCUUUAAUUUAUUUGUAUACAAUAUUAUUGCGCAACGCGGCCAAUACCUCGCUUGAACGCGACAGAUCGACGUGUUCGCUUAUUGUAUAUUGGUCGCAGCAUGCGCGAUCACACAUAUUUCGAUACAAACCGUUGUAAAUGUGCUCAGUAACGUCUGUAUAUAUUUGUGUGUACUGUAUCUAAACACGGAAAAGAAAUUAAAUAAAUGAUUGCCUUUACUUCUACGCGAUAGAUCCUU